AUGAUCAAACACCUCAACAAAGGACGACUACGAAGAUCAGUAGCUAAGAAAGCUCUGAAAAUCUCUACGGAAUCUUACAGUGGUGCGAACUGUGAUGCCAUGAAACAUCAUAUCAGACCCUGUCUCGCUAAAAAUCCUGAUACAGUGAUUCUACACGUCGGCACUAACGAUAUGGCACAGAAAAAUGCGAAAGAAAUUGCGAAAGGAGUCGUUGAAAUUGGUAAUAUCAUCCAGAACCAAAGUCCCAACACCAAAGUGGUCAUAUCUGAGCUGAUCACAAGGACGGACACACCAGAAAACAGAAGAAAAGUGGCUGAGGUAAAUGCUGUUCUUUUAACUAAUUGUAAGAAGAACAAAUGGGGUCAUAUAACCCAUGCAAAUAUCCAAGCAAAACAUAUCAAUCCAUAUGGUAUCCAUCUCAAUAGAGCAGGAACACCAAUGUUAGCUAAGAAUAUUAUAAGUUUUUUGAAUGAGCAAAAUUGA